GAAGCAAGUUAUAUAACUGCAAGCUUGUUGUGUCCCCAUAAUGACGGUUUCUGUCAUUCAUCGGGGCGCCCCUCCGGUAUAAUAGAGCAGCCGGAACACCAAAGGCUGAGCCUCGUGUGGGCUGGGGCGGUAAUGCCUGCAAACGUUCUGUGUUAUUAUUUUUGAUUAAUUCUACAGGUCCUCUGUGUUACGUGUUCCCUUGUGCGAAGUUCUGAAUAGCUGGAAAUCGGAACAUUCUUUGUAUUUCUACACUCUUCUCUAGGGACGUAAACAAACCGUGGGGCCCAGCUUUCACGAUCACGGAUUUUGAAGAGGGGCUGAAGACUUUUGCGGCAGUUGGCACGGCCUGCAUCCUGACCGUCUGCUCACACGUAGGCCGUCGGCUCCUGAUGCGUGUUCAGACCUUCGAAAGCUCGGCCGUACUUGCAUGUCGUGACAUCGAUGGAAUAACGGCUGCUUUAUUUUAACACAUAUGUGAGAGGAGCAGGACUGAGGCGAUGUGAGAUAAGACAUCCAUCAUGACGAACCCUGAGAAGUGGGUCACCCUGAGUCCGGCGGAGUUCUCCCAGCUCCAGGAGUAUACACAGUAUUCCACCAAAAAGCUGAAGGAUGUUCUGCAGGAAUUUUACGGUGAUGGACUGCUGGCCAAGUACAAUCCAGAGGAGAAGCAGGACAUACUCAAUCAGGACAUCGACUUCGAAGGCUUCAAGCUCUUCAUGACGACCUUCUUGGAGAACGAGCUCACGGAGGCCUUCUGUCAGCAGCUCUUCCUGUCGUUCAGUGACAAGGCCGCCAAACCCAGUCCAUCCACUCCCGAUAGGUCGAAAGUCACUGGUAUCAAACUCAUCAAAGGUAAUUGCACUCCUCAGAAGGUCCCUCAGUUGCUGAGGAUGAAUUCCCUGGACACAGUCAAACUGAAAGACAUCGUAUGUUACUUGUCCCUGUUGGAAGGCGGACGACCCGAAGACAAACUUGAAUUUAUGUUCCGUCUGUAUGAUGUCGAUGGAAACGGCUCUCUGGAUAGCUCGGAAUUGGAACAUAUAAUCUCUCAGAUGAUGCAUGUUGCAGAAUAUCUCGAGUGGGACGUCAAAGAGCUGAAGCCAAUCCUACAGGAGAUGAUGCAAGAAAUUGACUAUGAUCAGGACGGCGCGGUUUCUCUGGAGGAGUGGAUCCAGGGCGGCAUGACAACCAUCCCCCUGCUGGUGCUGCUGGGGCUGGAGACAAAUGUGAAAGAUGACGGACAGCACGUCUGGAGGCUGAAGCAUUUCAACAAGCCAGCUUACUGCAACCUUUGCCUGAACAUGCUGGUUGGGCUGGGUAAACAGGGCCUCUGCUGCUCCUUCUGCAAGUACACGGUCCACGAACGCUGCGUGGCUAGAGCUCCGCCCUCUUGUAUCAAAACGUACGUCAAAUCAAAGAAGAACACGGAGGUGAUGCACCAUUUCUGGGUAGAAGGAAACUGUCCGACCAAAUGUGACAAGUGUCACAAAAACAUCAAGUGCUACCAGGGUCUGACUGGACUUCACUGUGUGUGGUGCCAAAUCACUCUCCACAAUAAGUGCGCCUCCCACAUGAAGCCAGAGUGCGACUGUGGGCCGCUCCGGGACCACAUUCUGCCCCCCACCACCAUCUGCCCCGUCGUCCUGCAGGAAAGGCAGUCUACACUGAGGAAAGAUUCCAGAGCAAACCAAUCAGGAGGCAGAGGAAAGAUGCAGCGAGCCAAUUCUGUGACCGUGGAUGGGCAAGGACUUCAGAUCACAGCAGCAGAGGGCACUCGUCCGCUAUUGGUGUUCGUCAAUCCGAAGAGCGGAGGAAAGCAGGGAGAGCGAAUAUACAGGAAAUUCCAGUACUUGUUAAACCCCCGCCAGGUGUACUGCCUCGCCAAAAACGGACCCAUGCCGGGGUUGAAUUUCUUCCGAGAUGUUUCCAGCUUCAGAGUCCUUGCCUGCGGUGGUGAUGGCACAGUUGGAUGGAUUCUUGAUUGCAUCGAUAAAGCCAACUUGGAGAAAAAUCCCCCUGUGUGCAUACUUCCUCUUGGCACAGGAAAUGACCUCGCACGAUGCCUGAGAUGGGGAGGAGGUUAUGAGGGAGGGAGUCUUACGAAGAUCCUGAAAGAUAUUGAGAACAGCUCAGAGGUGCUGCUGGACCGCUGGAAGAUCGAUGUCCAUCCCAAUGACAGAGACGAGAAGGGCGACCCAGUGCCUUACAGCAUAAUCAACAAUUACUUCUCCAUCGGUGUGGACGCCUCCAUCGCCCACAGAUUCCACGUCAUGCGGGAGAAGCAUCCCGAAAGGUUCAACAGCAGGACCAAGAACAAGCUGUGGUACUUCGAGUUUGGGACGUCUGAAACUUUUUCUGCCACCUGUAAAAAGCUGCACGACUUCCUGGAAGUGGAGUGCGAUGGUAUCCAGCUGGACUUCAGCGACGUCUCCCUUGAGGGAAUCGCCGUCCUGAACAUCCCGAGCAUGCACGGCGGUUCUAACCUGUGGGGGGAGACCAGGAAGAGGCGGAGCCACCGGAGAAUUGGAAAAAAAGUUGGCGACAAACGGACUCCCCUGACUGACCCCAAAGAGCUCGUUUUUGCUGUUCAAGACCCGUCAGAUCACCUUCUGGAGGUGGUGGGCCUGGAGGGGGCCAUGGAGAUGGGGCAGAUCUACACGGGCCUGAAGAGCGCCGGCAGGCGCCUUGCGCAGUGCACUUCCGUUACCAUCAGGACCAGGAAAUCCCUCCCCAUGCAGAUUGACGGAGAGCCUUGGAUGCAGACCCCCUGUACCAUUGAAAUAAUGCACAAGAACCAGGCGCCCAUGCUGGUGGCCCCCCCACAAAAGAGCGGCUUCUUCGCCUCCAUCGUUCGGAAGUCCCGGAGUGAGAGCAGAGAGUAGAGGGGUUGAGCCAUGGUGGAUUGUCCCACCCCCCCCCAACAAGUGGGCUCCCAUUCCGGAUCUGCCGCCUUUGCCAAAACUCCUGCAUGGGAAUCGCGUUUACGGGCGUGUCUGUCGUUGCCUGAAGAUCGAGGCUCUACCUGUGCAACAGACAGAGGUUAAUUUAUGGGCUGAAAUCCUCCAAAGAGGAUGGAGAAACGGGGAGGAGAUGGCAGCAAGUGUUCUGGGGCAACAUCCGCCUGUAGUUAUUUGGGGUAAAUUAAGCUUCACAGUGCUGCAGUUCACAGAAGAUGAUCUGCCUGAAGCAGAUUGCUUGGCACGGCCAAUUCUGUGUGGCUCUUGUUUUUUUUGUUCAGCCUGUCAUUUAAGUUUUCUCCUCUGAAGGAAAUACUUUUGCCGUUAAAGUGUGGUCGUAUUUACAAGGUAAUAUGUUGAAGCAUCUCUCACCCAUAGACAUUCUUCCAGAAUUUUGUUUUCUUGGAGGAAGCUCUGUUUUUCAAAGGCCUGUAUUGUUUGGCUGUUGCACUCUCUCACAGUAUAACCACCUGCGUGGUUCAGAAAUUCUGAAAUGCUGAAGUUUAGGUAUCGUAGGCGCAUGAAUUAAAACGUUACAAAGCAGUAUCUCUGUUACCGUGUUUUAUUUGCUGUUUGAUCCACACAGACGGACAUACCGUGUCAAUAUAAGCUUUUAAAAUUGCAUUUUCUGCUUCUUUUGAGGUGUCUCUAUGUGAAAAUAAGCAGCGCUUUACGAUGAGCGGGAAAUGGCUUUAUCUGCCUCUGUCAGAGAUGAUCAUUUAACUGCCAUCAUUCCUCUGCAAAGAUAUUAUUUCACAGCUUCAUCACCGAGAUCCAGAUGUGCGUAUUAUACUAAAAAUUUCCUGAGAUUUUUGAUAUUUCGGGUCUUUUUAAACAUGACAAAGAGAAGAAGAGUCAGGAAGCAUUUUUAUGAUGCCAUUAAUUUAAGAUUUAAUCCACCACCGAACAUUUCUGUCCUGUUUUUUAAGAAGACGGUUUCAAAUUUGAAAACAGAAAUACCAACCUUGUAUGCUGUCCUGCAUUAAUAUUCUGCCUGUUUUUAUUAAUUUUGUAAUAGUCCUGUAAGAACCAGGAUGUGGGCACGCACUGUAUACUGUAUAUACAUCAAUAUUUAAGGAGAACACACGCCACAUGAAUCCCAUAAUUACAUUGACUCAGCAGUCCUAUAGAAAUCAUUAUAUUGACUCAUCUGCAUGCUUUAUUCUGCAAUUUGCAUGCUGUUGCAUGGAGGACAGAAAACACAACCGAAGCCCAUUACGGGUCCCUAACCUUCACUGAUAAGUGUUUGUUCAGUCUCUUUUCGAGGCCCCUUUCUGUGCUUUGUGACCAAAGUCCACAUUUACAUACGUUGACACAAAACAAUAGAAAUGUAAAUCCCUCACAAAUAUACCGAUCUUUAAUUCAAAGUGCUUGAUUGGGCCUGGCACCGAAAGUGACCACGCUUGUAUUAUUAAGAAAAACCAUUGGGCCGAUCUCCGCCCCCUCCCCUGUUUCGUCUCCAGCUGUGGCUCCUCUGCUCUGUUCCAGCUCUGUUCCCUGUUGUUGCCCUCAGGGAAUGCCUCAGUAUAAUUCACAAUAAACAAUAGGCGGCGGGCAAACCUUAUCUUUCCUGCACGUCUUAUUACUUUAUGUUUUUAGUGCCGUGUUUGCACACUUAGGCACUGAUGUAAUCAGUUCCAGGCCUUGUGUCCGACUUGGGCGAUACCACACAGUUCUAACCUAAUUCUAAAAUACAUUGGUGUUCAUACGUACAGUAGCAUAUCUUUCAGACUGCUGGGUCACUCAUGUUCAUUUUCUGUGUUGUUACCUAUAUUUUUACCUGCAUGAAUAUUUUAAGAAUCCUGUACUGGUUUUUCAAUGGGCUUAUUUGAGGAACAGAUUCUUUGGCAUUGUUUACAAAGAUUGUUUUGGAUUUCAUGCAUUUAGUAGGGGGUCUUGCCUUUAAAUUAGUCUUGAAUUUGAAGCCUGGAGAUAUUUAUUGAUAUUUAAUUUGAGUUUUGUUACUGGUUCUGUUGUAUAUGCCUCUGAGAACUAUGUUACUUGCCCUCUUGUUUUCAUUGCAAGAUAAUAUAUACAUAACAUGCAAUUAGAUGUCAGUUUAUUUGUGUAUUAAAUGUGUGAUAUAUAUUUUCAAAUAUUGCUAUUCAGAGAGUGUGGUGCUGUAUUUUCUUUGUCGUUUCAUACCAUUGUGAACCAUUUUUCCUUAUAUUGUGGGAUGUCACAUGCAUUAAACCUUAAUUGCAGUUAAA